AUGAAAAAUGCAACUCGAAUUAUCUUGUGUUCAGCCUGCGUUCUGAGUCUGAUUCGAAAUGUACUCUAUUCAUACAAGAUCGACAACAUAACAAUUAAGAAAGGGCUAUUUAGUGACCCUUUGGAAAGGACAGUAAAAAAAAUAAACAAGCACAUCCAAAAUAGAAGUGAUAUUAAUUACGAUGUGUGUAAAUAUAAAAAGAUUCCCAAACUUUUAAUUGAAAGAAAUAAACUGAAAGAUAAUACAAAGGUUAAAUACAUUGUAGGAAUAGAAAACACAUGUGAUGACACUUGUAUAUGUAUCCUCGAUUCGAAUCUUAACAUUAUUAAAAAUGUUAUCAUAUCUCACUUUAAGAUCGUUCAUAAAUAUGGGGGGGUUUAUCCCUAUUUCAUUAGUUCGAUCAACCACUUGUUUUUAAAGCCAUAUGUGGAAAAGACACUUGAGGGAAUUGAUGCAAAGAAAAUCGAUUGCAUCGGGUUUAGUACAUGCCCAGGAAUAGCAAAAAACAUAGAAGCGACAAAAAAUUACAUAGAAGAGAUGAAAAAGAAGAAUGAACAUAUAAAAGUAAGCUCAGUGAAUCAUAUUUUUGCGCAUGUCCUUUCUCCCUUAUUUUUUCACGUCUAUAACGAUAGGAAUACAUACACAAAUAGUAGAGAAUACAAGGGAGAAAAUGAUAUAAAAUCACAAUAUGAGCAUGACAUCGACAUGAACAUUUCAGAAACGGUAAAAAAUGAUAAGAUACGAAUGGAAAAAAUAAAAGAUAUUAUACAAGUUCUAAAUAACAACACUGUAACUAAACAAAAAAUGACAAAUUUGAGUCAAGAGGAUUUUCUAAAAUAUGGAAAUUAUUUGUUAAAAAAGCAUAUAGAAAGAGAUGUUGAAGAAAUGGCGGACAUAAAGCCUGAUAUUGAAAUAACCAAGAAUGAUUACAUAAACAUAGACAGUCAUGGGAAAAAUAUCCCACCUUCGCAUAAGACUCAGGAGAAUGAGGUAAAAAUUCAGGGAAGUCACUUGAGAAAUGAAUACAUCUGCGUUCUAGUAUCUGGGGGAAGUACAGAAAUUUAUAAGGUUCAAAAGAAUAAAAAAAAUGACAUUAAUGUGAGCAAACUAUCACAAACAGUUGAUAUAUCCAUAGGAGACAUAAUUGACAAAAUUGCAAGAUUGUUAGAACUACCUGUUGGGUUAGGGGGGGGACCCUUCCUUGAAAAGAAGUCAGAAGAAUUUGUUACAAGAAUGAAGAAACAACAGUUGAGUGAAGAAGCUUGUGAAGAUCCAUUUAAACCGUUUCCUGCACCCUUCUCUUCCAACAACAAGAUCGAUUUUUCUUUUUCAGGCCUUUACAACCAUAUGAGGAAAAUUAUUCUAGAAUUGAAAAAAGGAAAAUCCUUUGAAUGUGAAAAAGACAGAUAUGCUUAUUACAGCCAAAGGAAUAUAUUUCAGCACCUACAGAAACAAGUUAACAAAAUUAUGUACUUCUCAGAACUUCAUUUCAACAUAAAGAAUUUAUUCAUAGUCGGAGGAGUUGGAUGCAAUAAUUUUUUGUUUCAGAGUUUAAGAAGAAUGGCUAUGGACAGGAACAAGCUAGAGGUUCAGCUAAACGAAUUUAAUAAAUUAAAAAAAAGGAUAAAAAAGAGAGUAAGAAAAAUAGGAGAAAAAAAUUUCGUAUACUCAAAAAUAUCAAAAGAUAUACUUAAAAAUGAAGAAGAAUUUAGUGCAUCACUGGCAUGGAAUAUUUAUCUAAAAUUUCUUUUAAAAGAAAAAACAGAAGAAUGUAUCAUGUCAGCCUCAAAAUCAUUUAAUUUUGAAGAUUAUGCGAGAUUAAAGGAGGCAGGAAGUUUUCUGCUACAAGGCGAUUUACCCUUAUCCAAAAGUACAUCCCCUUGGAGUGUGUACAAGACACCACGAAAUCUUAGCAGAGAUAAUGCAGCCAUGAUAUGUUUUAACACCUUUUUGAAUUUACACAAUGAAACAAACAUGUAUGAUGAUAUAUCUCAAGUUGAAAUUAAGCCAACGGUAAUAAUGAAGCUUGAAAAUAAUUUUCUCCUCUUUUCAGACAUAAUAAUUUUUGAUGUUUUUCUGCACAAUUUUAGUAUCAAUGGGAAAUAA